GCGAGGCACGGGGCAGGGCGGCGCGGUGGAAGCGGCGGUGAGGCGGCGGGCGGGUGGAGCGAGCGCCGGGCCUCCCUCAGCCGCGGCCGUUGCGGGGCGCCCAGCCUGCGGCCCCAACAUGGACGAGGAGGGCGGCGGAGGCGUGCCUGAUGACCUCUCUAUAGAAGAAAGAGAAGAACUUUUAAACAUUCGUCGCAGAAAAAAAGAACUGAUUGAUGAUAUUGAGAGAUUAAAGUUUGAAAUUGCUGAAGUUAUGACAGAAAUUGAUAAUCUGACUAGCGUAGAAGAAAGCAAAGCAACACAAAGAAAUAAGCAAAUAGCUAUGGGAAGAAAGAAAUUUAACAUGGAUCCUAAGAAGGGAAUACAAUUUUUGAUAGAAAAUGACCUCCUGCAAAACACGGCAGAAGACAUAGCGCAAUUCCUGUAUAAAGGAGAAGGAUUGAAUAAAACAGUAAUUGGCGAUUAUCUUGGUGAAAGAGACGAAUUUAAUAUUAAAGUUCUCCAGGCUUUUGUUGAACUCCAUGAGUUCGCUGAUCUCAAUCUUGUACAAGCUUUAAGGCAGUUUCUGUGGAGCUUCAGGCUCCCAGGGGAGGCUCAAAAAAUUGACCGUAUGAUGGAAGCUUUUGCUUCACGUUACUGUCUUUGUAACCCAGGAGUCUUUCAAUCUACAGAUACAUGCUAUGUGUUGUCAUUUGCUAUCAUUAUGCUAAAUACCAGUCUGCACAACCACAAUGUAAGAGAUAAACCAACAGUAGAGAGAUUUAUUUCUAUGAAUCGUGGAAUUAAUGAAGGUGGAGACCUUCCAGAAGAGUUGCUACGGAACUUAUAUGAAAGUAUUAAGAAUGAGCCAUUUAAAAUUCCAGAAGAUGAUGGAAAUGAUCUAACGCACACAUUUUUUAAUCCAGAUAGAGAAGGUUGGCUGCUGAAAUUAGGGGGAAGAGUGAAAACGUGGAAACGAAGAUGGUUUAUUCUGACUGAUAAUUGCCUAUAUUAUUUUGAAUACACAACAGACAAAGAACCUAGAGGAAUUAUUCCUUUGGAAAAUCUUAGUAUAAGAGAAGUUGAAGAUCCUCGAAAACCAAACUGCUUUGAGCUCUAUAACCCCAGUCACAAAGGUCAAGUAAUUAAAGCCUGUAAAACUGAAGCUGAUGGUAGAGUGGUAGAAGGCAACCAUGUAGUAUAUAGGAUAUCUGCUCCAACCCCAGAAGAAAAGGAAGAGUGGAUUAAAUCGAUCAAAGCAAGUAUCAGCAGGGAUCCCUUCUAUGAUAUGCUGGCGACAAGGAAACGAAGAAUUGCAAAUAAGAAAUAGAAUUUGGCCAGCAGCUCAUAUACCUGCAUCAGCCUAUAAAUGAGCAUACAGUUGAGUGAUUAAAAAAAAAAUGGAUAAACUAAAGGACAAUUACUGUAUAUAUACACAUUUUACURCAACAUAAAACUUGGUAAGACCUUUCAGGAUAAAGAGUUAUUGGCAUAUAAUUUAAAGUAAGCUCUCUAUCCCAGGGGAUGAUUUUAUUGGAACUUUAAUUCAACUGAAAACACAGAAGCCUGGGUUUCACUUGUAUUAGUUGCAACUUCACUGUACUUGGGUGGGAGAGAAGGGAAGAAAUUUCAGGUUGACAGUAAAAUGUAUUAUACCCCUUCCACGAACACGUUACCUAUAAAGGAGAAGUGACUGUAAGUACUUUUAUCUCUCACUAAAACGCAGCACUAAGAAGUUGAAUACAGAAUGAUCUAGCACUUAUUUUUUUCUGUAAGCAGAAAAACCAAAAUAUAUUAAUAUGAGCUUACAAAUAUUGUGUGUUUUGUGGUAAAUGAACAUUUGAGUGAAGCUUUCAUGUAGAAUUCUCUCUCCUAUCUUAUAUGGAAAUAGCUUUUCUUCAAAAAUGCGACUCAAGGGUAAACUGGCAGCUACAUCAUUAACUAGUUGUGCCAAAGGGUUUGGUUGAUAUGCACUGAAAAAUAUGCAGCUCCCAAAAGCAAAGGUUUGAGUCUGUAGACAUGACAGUGAAUGCAGAUUCAUUAAUCUGUAAACAGACGGUUUAAUACUUGCCAGUAGGCUAAAACUCAUUCCUGUCUGCUCAUACACUCACAAUAAGCAGUAAGGUUUAAUGACUGGUUUAAUCUGCUUUUUAUAUAAUAACAUCCUUCUUAYUUUUUAGAUAUGUUAUAGUUUAAUUUACAUUAAGUUACUACUAAAGGAGUAUGAUGACAAGGCUUGCAAUGGUUAUAAGAGUCUAGGUUUUGCAUGUGAAAACAUCCCAUGAACUUYCAUAUGCAUUUAACUUUUAAAAAGCAGGGUGAAGGUGGUGUAAUUCUUCUGUGAAAGAAGGGAGUGACCUCUGCUUGCUUAACAAACUUUGGACGUACAGAGAUGCUCCCUGUAUUCAUUUUAUUCUUAAAGGCGAUUUUUUCAGGUCUGUGCUUCAGUAGUUGAAAUAGAAAAACUGAACGGACAUCCUUAUCUUUAAGAACAAAGUCUUACACAACUACCUGCUGCAACUGUGUGUUCCCCCUGCUGUGAGAACAUUGUGAAUUGUUGAAUUCUCUGUGCUCCUACUCUGUGCUCCUACUCUGAUAGUCUUUCAGUACCAAGUGCAAGCUACUGCUGCGACAGAUAUUAUGGCAACGCUUUUCAGUUAAUAAUGCCCACAAAUCCUUCUGCUAUCCAGGUAACAGCCCCUUUCCCUCUCCCCACUGCUUCCACAGGCAGAAGUGUUUUGCUGCUUCUGCUGGGACUUGGUUUUCCAGAAACGCCCUGACACUGAGUCCUGCCAGUGCCAGCGACUGCCCUGGAGACCUGAUACUUUGUCCAAGCACGUUUGCUUCUCAGUUACAGAUGCAUCUCUGAAUACACAUUAGGCUGUGCUGCACUGACAGAAACAUAGAUUUAUUAAUUUGAUCUGUUUGAAAUUGUAUUUUUAAAGUAAGGGAGAGUCUGUUUUAUCGUUGGUGUCUUACUCAUUUGCCUCACUUUGCAUGGGUGCUCAGCCUGUGAAUGUUCUGCUUUGCUAUAUGUUUUACUAUGUACAAGCUGAGAAAAGAAUGCAGUACACUUUUCACACUAUGAAUUUUCUCCAGGGUGUGUAGAACUUCAUUGGACCUAAAUGUUUGGAUCUGAUUAUUUUUUAAGGAACAAAAUUCAGCCAAAGGGCUGAGAACUCUUUAAUGAUCAGUAUGAGGAAGCUGUUGCUUAAUGGAACCUAUUUAAACUCUUCAUAGACACUAAUUAAAUUGUGUGUCCUGUAUUUGCAAAGCGGCAUGAUUAGGCAGCUGUGAAUGUAAUAACUUGUUUUGAUUUGUCUGUCCCACAACUUUGAAAAGUUUUGGUUUCAAGCAAAGCAUCCAUCAGGUUCAGCCUUGACAGAUUUGUCAUGCGAGGAGCGAUAAAGCAGACUCAGUGGUACUAAUGAGCGUAGUGCUGAAAUGCAGCAGUUUGAAGAAUUUCUGGAGAAAUGGGAGAUUACAAAAGCCUUUAUAAGCCAUGAAGCACUUUUGUGUCCAUUCUUAUCUUCUGAAAUAUCACCUUCCAGAAAGUCUUAUUUAUUUAACCAGAUGAGAAUGAGAAUGUGUAUCUAUAAGCAUGAAGGAAAUGCCUUGAGAGUUCAUUUGCUAUAUUUAGUUUGAAUUUUUUGUAUCCUGCAGAAAUAAUAUUUAGAGUAACAUGUAACUGAGGAUAUUAUAGCAGGAAAUGCAUUAUCUCUUAGCAUUGGAAAGCACCAUCUUAAACAACUAUUUGUGGUGCUCAAUAUAUCUAUUUAAUUUACAACCAAAGGUAAUGGAAUAACAUUCUUGUAUGUGAUAAUAUUUAAUUUCAAAUGUUCUUUGUAACAGUAUUAACAGGGAAUGAAAUUGGCCCAAAAUUUCCACUGGCCAUGAGGCCAGUAAAACGAAGUGGCUUGUGAAAAUUUUGGCCAAAUCAGGUACUAUCCAGAGGGUGAGAGAAAAAAAAAUCUCUCGACUGUGUGUGUUUGCUUGCUUGUUAUUGGGCUGAAAGUCCAGGUGUGGUUACCACGACUAGCUGCCCUGUGGCCCGAAGCAGUAUCUGUUACAGUUUGGCCAUGCUGAGAAAAAGUCAUGUGGGGACAAGAGACUUCUCCUUCCUGAGGCACUGAAAAUGUGCUUUGCUCUUUGCUUUUGCCAUCGCCCUUGAGCACCACGGGGGCCAGCGGAGGUGAGCAGGGCCAGGCGCCAGCCGAGCACCCGGCCCCUGAGCUCAGCCCCGGGGCCAGGCCAAGCGAGGGAGAGAACUGCGGGCUUAAGCUCAGCUGGACUGACUUAAACUUUGAGAUAUUCUGACUAAAUAAGCUCUGCAUCACUUAACAUUUUGAACAGUUUUAAACUGGUACAAAACYGAACCUUUAUAAACUGAGCAGCAUUUAUAAUGCUUCAUAUAUAAAAACAAUGCGUAUUUUUAAAGAUUUAAUACAUAUCU